GUGGCCGGCGGUGGAAGCGGGCGAGAGGGCAGGGCCGGACCGGGUUCGGUGGUGGUUGCGCCGUUUUGCGGAGGCUGUGGCCGGUUUUCUCCGUGGGAUCUGUGGCGAGACGCCGCGGGGUGCGGGCAACCCUGACUUCCAGUUGGUGGCUGGGCCGGAGCGCGUCAGCGGCGGCGAGGGAAAGACGGACUGGAGACUGCAGUCAGAAGGUCUGGAAGCAGCAGAGUGAGCUGAGGAGCAUGUGGUGAGAUGUAGGUUGGGCUUUUAUGCUCUCAAUUAUGCCGAAACUAAUGAAAUUCUGCUGGAGAUUUUCUUACUGGAUACUUCUUCAACUGUCUUGUGAUGAAAGGGAAAUAUUUUUGAAGUUAUAAUGGAUUCUACACAACAUCACAACAAAAACUGUCCUAACAGCAGCAUUUCUGUUUGAAGAGAAUAAGUAUAAUCACAAAGAAUCAUGACAACUUCUCAUAUGAAUGGACACAUUGCAGAAGAUUCUGACAGUGAUGCAAAAAAUGUGGAUCUUUCUUCUCUUGAGGAACCUCAGAAGCAUAGAGAAAUGGCUGUUGAUUGCCCUGAGGAUUUGGGCUCCAGGAUGAUGCCCAUACGGCGGAGCGCUCAGCUUGAACGAAUCCGUCAGCAACAAGAGGACAUAAGGCGUAGACGGGAAGAAGAGGGAAAGAAACAAGAACUGGACCUUACAGCUUCCAUGAGGCUAAAGAAACUAGCACAAAUUCCCCCUAAAACUGGAAUAGAUAAUCCAAUAUUUGACACAGAAGAAGGAAUUGUUUUAGAGAGUCCUCAUUAUACUGUGAAGACACUGGAAGUGGAAGAGCUGUUAACUUCUCUUAAGCAUAUCCAGCACAUUUUGGUAGACCCUCAGAGCCAAGAGGAUAUCUCUCUCAUUUUACAGCUUGUUCAAAAUACUGACUUUCAGAAUGCAUUUAAGAUACACAAUGCUGUUACAGUGCACAUGAACAAAGCCAGCCCUCCAUAUCCUCUCAUCUCCAAUGCACAAGAACUAGCACAAGAGGUGCAGAGUAUUUUGAAACCCAGUCACCAUAAAGAUGGGCAGGAGCUCAAUGCUUUGCUGAAUGCCCCUCACAUGCAGGCACUUUUACUGGCUCAUGAUAAGGUUGCGGAACAAGAAAUGCAGCCAGAACCUGUGGCAGAUGAAAAGAUUUAUGAGAAUGUCGGCAUGUAUGGAGGGGAAACAGUUAAAAUAGUUCGUAUCGAGAAAGCUCGGGAUAUUCCUUUGGGUGCUACUGUUCGCAAUGAAAUGGAUUCUGUUAUCAUCAGUCGAAUAGUGAAGGGAGGUGCCGCAGAGAAGAGUGGUCUGUUACAUGAAGGGGAUGAAGUUCUGGAGAUUAAUGGCAUUGAGAUUCGUGGAAAAGAUGUUAAUGAAGUCUUUGACUUGUUGGCUGACAUGCAUGGUACUCUGACCUUUGUAUUGAUUCCCAGUCAGCAGAGCAAGCCACCUCCUGCGAAGGAGACAGUUAUACAUGUGAAAGCACAUUUUGACUACGAUCCUUCUGAUGACCCUUAUGUCCCCUGCCGAGAGUUGGGCCUAUCUUUUCAAAAAGGAGAUAUACUCCAUGUGAUCAGCCAAGAAGAUCCAAACUGGUGGCAGGCUUACAGAGAUGGAGAUGAAGAUAAUCAGCCACUGGCAGGCCUUAUCCCUGGAAAAAGUUUUCAGCAACAAAGAGAAGCCAUGAAGCAGACCAUAGAAGAAGACAAGGAGCCAGAAAAAUCAGGAAAACUCUGGUGUGCGAAGAAAAACAGAAAGAAACGGAAAAAGGUUCUAUACAAUGCAAAUAAAAAUGAUGAUUAUGACAACGAGGAAAUUUUGACCUAUGAAGAAAUGUCACUGUAUCAUCAACCAGCAAAUAGGAAGCGGCCUAUUGUUCUGAUCGGCCCUCAGAACUGCGGCCAGAAUGAAUUGCGGCAGCGACUGAUGAAUAACGAAGUGGAUCGCUUUGCCUCUGCAGUUCCCCAUACUACUCGGAGCAGGCGAGAGACUGAAGUAGCUGGCAGGGAUUACCAUUUCAUUUCACGACAGGCAUUUGAAACUGACGUAGCUGCAGGGAAGUUCAUUGAAUAUGGAGAGUUUGAGAAGAACCUCUAUGGUACUAGCAUAGACUCUGUGCGGCAAGUGAUCAACUCAGGCAAGAUAUGUCUUUUGAAUCUUCAUACCCAGUCACUGAAGACACUGAGAAGUUCUGACUUGAAGCCAUAUAUUAUAUUUGUUGCCCCACCUUCACAAGAGAGAUUACGUGCUUUAUUGGCCAAAGAAGGGAAAAACCCAAAGCCGGAAGAGCUGAGAGAAAUCAUAGAGAAGACAAGGGAGAUGGAACAGAACAAUGGCCACUAUUUUGAUACAGCAAUUGUCAAUUCUGAUCUUGAUAAGGCGUAUCAAGAGUUACUUCGAUUAAUAAACAAACUUGACACAGAACCCCAGUGGGUGCCCUCUACCUGGCUACGAUGAGAGAGCAACUACAAGGGACAAAUGGACUGCAGUCUAGUAAUCUUCCCCAGGAGAUUGUGCGUAGGUCUGCCUGACUGUAGUAUAAAUGCGUGUGAGCUCUAGACCUCAGUGGCUGCAUCCUUUGCCAGUGUAGUAUUGAGAAAAUGUGCUGUUCAUCUUGUGAGCUGGUUUAGCUGACCUAAAAAUUGUCCAAGUUUUCUCUCUCUCUGUGAUGUAGAAAUGGAGACCUUUUCAGUACUAAGUUCUAAAGCUUUAGAUAGACUUUUCUAGCAAUUACUUUUAUACAGAAAUCCACUUUUUACCUAGAAUCACUCUUUUGAAAUCCAAGAUUUUAAGUGUGUGUGUGUAUAUACGUCCAUGCUGUCACAUAGUUAUAAAUAUGAAUGUUAUUUAACACUUAACUUAAUUACGUUUUGGAGGUGAUGGUAGUUCAGGAGCGUAGUUCUACAGAUCACUGGGCAGAGAAAUAAUCUAUACAUUAAACAUUUAAAAAAAAAAGAGAGAGAAAUCUCUCCUGUUCAAAAAAUAUCCAGAAUGAAGAUGCUGCUCUGGUCUUGGGGCUGCUCUGUGAGGCUUGAGUUAAUUUUUUAAUUCUCAAACAUUCCACUUUCUGAUGGCACUCUACUUGGAAAAUGUGUAUAAUGUAAAUAUUUCAAUCCUUGCAUCUUUUUAGUUAGAUUUUUAAAAUCAGAUUUGACUGCACGUUAAUUUUAGAUCCAAUCAAAGAUGACUAUUAUAUUGAUCUUUUAGAUAUGACAUUUUUAUGGCAUUUUCUUUAAAACAUAUUGACUGACUUGAGCCGCUGUUUUCCACAGAUCUGUAGAGAUAUUUAGAAAGGCAAAGGUUAUAUUUUUGAAAAAAAAAUAUAGUUAUAAGACAUGAUGCUGCAAAGUCAACUUAGGUUCUCAUGUUUUAUAACAGAAUACGGACUGAAGUAGACUGUACUGAAUGUGGGAAGAUAGCGGGUUCUUUUAAUCUCUGCAAAUGGUUCAUCUUGUGGCUGUUGGUCUAAUGGAUAACUGGAAUUAAAAUAGCAGAAUAUGGCUACUGUGUUAUAUAAAUGAGUGCUGCAAUGCACUAGCCAACGUAUUGUCAUGCAGGAAAGGUAUGCAUAAAACACUGGUAACUGAGAAGUCACAAGAAUGGGGAAAAUUUGUAACGCUUAAAACAAAAAACUUGAAACGCAUGAACAAAAGGCAAGGUCUGUCUUAGUGUGUUCUGCAGAGCAGAUCAGAACACCUCUGCAUCCUCAAGUGAUUCUGAGCUGGGAAAGUUUAACUACUAAGGCUAUGCAUCUGCAGUGGGGCUGUUCUGUUGCUGAAGUUGACCAAGUAGCACUACCUUGGCUGUUUAGCGUAGCACAAAAAACCCCAACUGUGAGCGUCUCACCACUUUAGCCAUAGUGUUUCUUUGUUCCUACAGGUCAAACACUGGAGUUACAUCAGCGCGUAGUUCACUCGUGUCAGAUGUUGAAAGAUCAAAAAGUACUUGUUUUUCCAUUGUCUUACAUAAAUUCUUUCUUCAAACAUUAAAGAAACAAAUCCACACCCAUAGCUGUAUAGAGAGCUCAAAGUAUACAGCAGACAGAAACUGUCAAAUACUAUUCUAGUUACUGAGCUAACAUUCAGUAUAUUUUUGUAUUGAAAAAAAUGGAAGUAUAGAGGGCUUUCCUGUCUUGUUAGAAAGCAAAAUUAUUUGCUGGUUUGAUUAGUAUUUAGGGCUGAACCAGCAGUUAAGCAAUUAGUGGGGAUAAGUAAUGCCCCUUUAGAAAGAAAAGGGGUUGGAAACUUUUAAUAUCUUCAGUUGAAUUCAGUGUUAGAAGUAGUAAUGUGCUAGCUGUUGGCCUAAGGGCUGGAUAUUCUAAAUAAUGGCUUUUUGCCUCACAUUGCAGGCACGUACAUACUCCAUUGAAUCCAUAGUUUAUGACAACAACGUUCAAGUAUAUUGGAUAGUCAGUGUUCUGUAGAUGACAAAAUACUGUCUUGAUUCUACCCCUUUUUAAGAGAAAUUAUUGUAGAGGUAUUAGGCUUUUUGAUAUUGGCAGUUUCAUAGCUGGACAAAAAGGUGGAAAGCAGUGGAAUGUGUUCAUUAAGGGUAACCUAGCUCAGCUCGGUCAGUCCUGUCUCUACCCUUGUCAUCGCAACCAGCUCAGGAUGGUUGCUUAGGCAUUCAGUGCUCACAGGCACUGUCAGUCACAGUAGAUGAUGCCAUUAAGCUUGACUGGUGUUUGUGUCUGUUCUUUCUGAAAUGGUGUACAGAAGCUGGUUUUAUAAAGCUUUUGAAUGCAGACUUACAGAAUGUUGCUUGAAAUUCAUCUCUACUCUCUUAAUUCCCAAGCCAUAGUACUUACUGACAUCCAUGUAGAGAGGUGCUGUGACAGUUUAUAACCAGUGUUAGCUUUGUCUCCUGCUGAAAGGAAAAGCCUGAGCAGCAGAGAAGUGUACAUACUGUCCAGCUGCUGCUAGCUUGGUCCUGGAAUUACCUUGUAUAAGAAAUUCUUCAUUGAAGAUGGCAGAAUAAUGUGUAUAAAUUUCCUUGAGAGUAAAAGAGGCAAACUUCACUGGUUAAACAACCUAUCAUAGGCUGUGUAGUGAGCUUAUUAGACUGAAGUGAGGGUAUCUGCAUUUUUACCAGUCUAGAUUCAAUUAAAAAUGUUAGCUGAAUUCCAGAUUCACAUUUUUUAAUGCAAUGAUAUGUGACUUUCUAAAUUACAAGAUGAGAGGGGUUUAAUGCCUUAAAUUAUUUAAGGUGACUUUACUGAGACCUCUGGUUAGCCCCACAUUGUACUUCUAUAUAUGUAUCUGCACUCUGUUUUGAGACGUCAUGAACUGCACACUAAUGUAAAAAUGUAAAAUGUUUCUAGAUUUAAAAUAAAUCACUGUACAAUUUUA